AUGUUGAUAGAUAAAUCAAUGGCAUGGUUUUUAAGAGAGUCGAUAUGGUUAUGGGAAUUAGUUGUGGCCUGUAAAACCAAUAUCAUUACCACAUUUAAAAUGAUGUUGAAUGCUAUCAUAACAAAAGAACACACAAACAGAAGUACACCGGACAUCUUCAAGUCUGGGUACCCUGACUGGCUUGCUUCUGUAAUAGGAGCCAAGAACACAAACAUUGGAAUCAACAAAAUUCCAUAUCCAACAACUAUGGGUAUCAAGGAUUGGUUUUGGGCAGUGGCUAUUAUUGCAUCAAACACAAUUGAGAGAACAUAG